UCCAGGUGCCACCUUUGUCCAGGAAGCGCUGCGGAAGAUCAUCACAACCCUGGCUGUGAAGAAUGAGGAGAUCCAGAGCUUCAUCUACUCCCUCAAGCAAAUGCUGCUCAAUGUGGAGGCGAACUCGGCCAAGGUGCAGGAGGACCUUGAGGCGGAGUUCCAGUCCCUCCUCUCUGUCCUGGAGGAGCUCAAGGAGGGGAUGCUCAUGAAGAUAAAGCAGGACCGGGCCAGCCGAACCUACGAGCUGCAGAACCAGCUGGCCGCCUGCAUGCGGGCCCUGGAGAGCUCGGAGGAACUUCUGGAGACUGCCAACCAGACCCUGCAGGCCACCGACAGUGACGACUUUCCUCAGGCUGCCAAACAAAUCAAAGAUGGUGUGACUAUGGCCCCUGCCUUCCGGCUGUCACUGAAAGCCAAGGUCAGCGACAACAUGAGUCACCUCAUGGUGGACUUUGCACAGGAGCGGCAGAUGCUACAGGCCCUCAAGUUCCUGCCUGUGCCCAGCGCUCCUGUGAUCGACUUGGCCGAGUCCCUGGUGGCAGAUAACUGUGUGACCCUGGUGUGGCGCAUGCCAGAUGAGGACAGCAAGAUUGACCACUAUGUGCUGGAGUACCGAAGGACGAACUUCGAGGGCCCGCCGCGCCUCAAGGAGGACCAGCCUUGGAUGGUGAUCGAGGGCAUCCGGCACACAGAGUAUACCUUGACAGGCCUCAAGUUUGACAUGAAAUACAUGAACUUCCGUGUGAAAGCCUGCAAUAAGGCAGUUGCAGGAGAAUUUUCUGAGCCGGUGACCCUGGAGACACCAGCCUUUAUGUUCCGCCUGGAUGCGUCCACAUCCCACCAGAACCUGCGGGUGGAGGACCUGGCCGUGGAGUGGGACGCCAUGGGCGGGAAGGUGCAGGACAUCAAGGCGCGCGAGAAGGAGGGCAAGGGCCGGACGGCGUCUCCUGUCCACUCGCCCGCCAGAGGUGUUCCGUCUCCCAAGAGGAUGUCCUCGGGGCGAGGUGGGAGGGAUCGCUUCACGGCCGAAUCCUACACGGUGCUGGGCGACACGCUGAUCGAUGGCGGGGAGCAGUACUGGGAAGUGCGCUACGAACCGGACAGCAAGGCCUUUGGCCUUGGAGUGGCCUACCGCAGCCUGGGCCGCUUUGAGCAGCUGGGCAAGACCCCUGCGUCCUGGUGCCUGCACGUCAACAACUGGCUGCAGGUCAGCUUCACGGCCAAGCACGCCAACAAAGUCAAGGUGCUGGACGCCCCCGUGCCCGACUGCCUGGGCGUGCACUGUGACUUUCACCAAGGCCUCCUGUCCUUCUACAAUGCCCGCACCAAGCAGCUGCUGCACACCUUCAAGGCCAAGUUCACACAGCCGCUGCUGCCUGCCUUCACAGUGUGGUGUGGCAGCUUCCAGGUGACGACAGGCCUCCAGGUCCCCAGUUCCGUGCGCUGCCUGCAGAAGCGGGGCAGUGCCACCAGCAGCUCCAACACCAGCCUCACCUAGGCCCCCGGCCACCCAGCGGCAGGGUGUCUGUGGGCCGCCUGGCCCGGCCCUUUCAGCUGGGUGCCUUUCUCUCGGUUGCUGCUUGGAGCCUUAACUCCUGAGGGGUGCACCGCCAGGGCGUGGCCCAGGUGGCCCCUCCCACCUCACUUCCUAAUAAAGGUCCAACACUGCG